GGAAAUUACUAUCAAUAUAGGACGUGUGAACUCCAAAUAUGUAUUGUGCAUUUAGGGGGACCGGUCUUCGAGUCUUCACAACUGAAAAACCUGUCACCUGGUCCUCUGACAUGCACAUAUCGAUUAAGAAGAAACUGCAAAUUCAAAACCCUAAUCCAAUCCUUUCAGAGACGAAUGAGAUUACUUCCUCGCAUGAAUGAUCAAUUCUGGCUACCAUUAUAUAUUCCAACAUCAAGUCAUCAACCAUCUUCUUCUUCAAUUCAUUGAGAAAGGGCUGUCUCAGCACUCUUUUCUGAUUGCCGAUUCUGCAGAAGCUUAACUUCUUCCGCACAUAUAGCUCUCUAGGAAGCUAAAUGCUUGGGAUUACGGUUUGGAAUUGUGUUGGUUAGAAUUGCAUAAUGUCAGUGCGGCUGAAAUCAUUUCAGCACAAAAUGGGUGGUAAUUAGGAAUUUGGGAGACAGAAGAAGGAACAGCAGAUAGAUGGGAAACAAAUGUGUUCAUGCAAAAAUCACAAAAAAUGGGAUCUUUCAUUCUCUCUUCUGGUGGGUCCCACCACUCGAUAUGCUCACACCCGCUAAGAAAAAUGAAACAAGCUGUGAAGAAGAGGCAGAAGGUGCAAUUGUUCCAGUCCAGAACAACAAACCGCCAGAAGUGGUUAGGAUGGAAAAGGAUGAGAAGGAGGGACGUCACACCGAGGAAGGCGAUACAGCCAAAAGAGGAGGCAGAAAGGAAAAGCCUUCGAAACCCCGAAAGCCCCACAAUGUGAAGAGAGUAGUCAGUGCUGGCCUGCAGGUAGACUCUGUGUUAAAGACCAAAACUGGACAUCUGAAGGACUUCUACCAAUUAGGGGAGAAACUCGGGCAUGGCCAGUUCGGGACCACUUUCCUUUGUGUCGAGAAGGCGACUCGGGAAAAAUAUGCUUGUAAGUCUAUAUCAAAGAGGAAAUUGGUGACGAAAGAAGAUGUGGAAGAUGUGAGGAGAGAAAUUGAGAUAAUGCACCACUUGGCCGGUCAUCCUAACGUCAUAUCUAUUAAAGGCUCAUAUGAGGACUCAGUGGCAGUUCAUUUUGUUAUGGAACUAUGUGUAGGAGGUGAACUAUUUGAUAGGAUUGUAAAGAGGGGGCAUUACUCAGAGCGGCAGGCAGCUGACCUCACUAGGACCAUAGUUGGUGUGAUACAGGCCUGCCACUCCUUGGGGGUCAUGCAUAGGGACCUUAAGCCUGAAAACUUCCUCUUUGUUAGUGAUGAGGAGGAUUCACCUCUCAAAACUAUUGAUUUUGGAUUAUCAACUUUUUUCAAACCAGGGGAAAUCUUCGAUGAUGUUGUUGGAAGUCCUUAUUAUGUUGCACCAGAAGUUUUGGGGAAACAUUAUGGUCAAGAGUGUGAUAUAUGGAGUGCUGGUGUGAUAGUUUACAUCCUCCUUAGUGGUGUUCCUCCGUUUUGGGGAGAAACUGAGCAAGACAUAUUUGAGGAAGUCUUGAGGGCUGAUGUUGACUUUAAAUCAGAACCUUGGCCUAAAAUUUCUGAUAGUGCUAAAGAUUUAAUAAGAAGAAUGUUGGUUAGGGAUCCUAAAAAGCGUCUAACUGCUCAUGAAGUUCUUUGCCAUCCAUGGGUGCAGAUUGAUGGAAUGGCCCCAGAUAAACCCCUCGACUCCGCAGUCUUAACUCGCUUAACACAAUUUUCUGCUAUGAAUAAGCUCAAGAAAAUGGCUCUAAGGGUUAUUGCAGAUAACCUUUCUCAAGAGGAAAUUGCAGGUUUAAAGGAAAUGUUCAAGGCAAUUGACACGGAUAAUAGUGGACAAAUUACAUUUGAAGAACUAAAAGAUGGACUAAAUAGAUAUGGUGCAAAUCUUAACGAGUCUGAGAUACAUGAUCUCAUGAAGGCUGCUGACGUGGACGAUAAUGGUACUAUUGACUAUGGGGAGUUUAUAGCUGCAAUGUUGCACAUGAACAAAGUUGAGAAGGAGAAUCAUUUAUUUGCAGCAUUUUCGUACUUUGACAAAGAUGGAAGUGGAUAUAUAACAGGUGAUGAACUUCAAAAAGCUUGUGAGGAAUUUGGCUUUAGGGAUGUCCUCUUGGAGGAAAUGAUUCGUGAAGCAGAUCGAGACAACGAUGGUCGCAUCGAUUACGACGAAUUUGUAGCAAUGAUGACUAAAGGGAAUGCAGAUUUAGGCCAGAAACGGUUAUAAAAUGAUCUAAAAUCAGCUUUAAGGAGGUAACACGAGCUUCUUGACACAGCCAAUGGACUUUCUGUUUUGGCCUUCAUCUUUUGAGAAUGCUUGAUUGGUGGAUCUAGCCAUUUAUUGGUAAAUUGAGUAAAAACUAGAGUAUGCAACAAGUAACAGCCAUGCUUUUCUCAACGCAAAUGAUGGUGACUUUAUGUGUGAUGGUGCCGGGGAUAGCUGGCAGUAGAGAUGGUCGCCAAUAAUGGCCAGGAACACCAACAUACUGGUGGGUUCCAACGGUUACGAGGGCAAAAUGUGGCGGCAGUGGCGGUUGAUUAGAGUAUAGCGCUAUCACUGCACACGUUAAUUGUAAACUUGUUGAUGUUGGUGGAAGUUGACUUUUAUGGUAGUCACCAUGGGAAAAAUAUUUUAAAUAUCUCAAACUUUGAAGGGGUGUGAGGUAAGCACCCCAAACUUGCACAUGUAAUAUAUAUACCUUAAACUUUACUCCCUCCGUCCCCUUUUAAAAGUCCCGGAAGAGGGUGGCACGAGUUUUAAGAAAAGUGGGUUUGUGUGGUUGAUAUUAAUUGAUAAAGUAGGAAUAAAGUAAGAAUAAAGUAAGAAUGAUUUUGAGCCACACAAACUUUACCAAAUGAGGUAUGGGACAUUUAAAUAGGGACAUCCCAAUAUGGUAAAAUGGGACAUUUAAUUGGGGACGGAGGGAGUAUAUAAAAAAUUAUAUUGCACCAUAAUUAUACAUUUUUUCAUUACCAAAUGUAAUUUUGUAGUGUUGAGAAUGACUUUAUAGCGUAAAUUUCAUGGUACUAACAUUACUUUUUAUAUAAAGUUCGGGAUCUAUAUAUUACAUAUGCAUAUUUGUGGGGCUUACCUCACACUUGAGGUAUUUAAAUUAUUUUCCCUAACCAACAAUUGAAGAAAUGUCAUAUUUAAGGGUGACGGGGUCACGGGGACUCAUGAAGUGGGUUGACAAUGGUGGUGGUACAAAGCUGUUACCAUGGCUAUGGUGGCAGAUCCAAUCUAUUAAGGGGUUUUAUGUUAACCACCAAAAUUUUGAAAAUAAAAUGCAUAGAUAAACGUGGAUAGUUGAUGUAAUAGUAAUAGUGUAUAUGUGGUCAAUUACUUUCGGAGUAGUAUUUUAUACUUUUGAAUUGUUAAUCCUAAUUGUUUGUUUUUUUAUUGUUGAAAAAGCUACAUUUAUUGAAUGAAGUUUUGACAUUGAUAAUACUAUAAGAAAAAG